GCCCAUGUUUCGCAUAGAGACCCAGGAAGCACCGCCCGGUCGGCACAUUCGAUGAGGUUAUUCAAACUGAUACUGACAACUACGUGAAGGCGGGAGGCAGACAAGCGGAACUUUUGACAGAAACUUGUUCAGUUUGGCUCGUAACUGAUUAACAACAAAUAGCGCGGUUGUUGUUUCAUGAUAGGUACUUUAAAUCCACAUGAGACGGCUAAAGUUAGCUCAGUUGUGUUUGCUGACUGAUUUCGCUAACCUUCGUUAUAAGCUCUGCGUCAGUUUUCUGCAGUAAUUUGACACUGCUAAGCUAACUUUUAUUAACGUCAGAUAUCUAUAUAAAUAUAUAUAUAUAUAUAUUAGCUAAACAGAUUCUCUGGAAUGGCUACAAGAAAGCCGAAAGAAAAUGAUGCCAGCCUUCCCUUUGCUGCUCUCCAGCUGUUGGCCCCUCCCGUCCGCCUGGUGUCGGCGGCGCUCUGGAAGGUGCUGAAGCAGAGGGAUGUGAUGCAGUACGGCGUUGUGGAGGAGUUUGUGUCUUCGGCCUGCGAGACCGUUCCUGGCCUGCUUACCCUGCGACACCAGGGCAAGCUGGUGCUGGGCCUGAGAGCACGGUUAAUAUUAGAGUUGUGUCUCAGACAGCCAGACGUUGACGUGAUUGCACCACAUCUGGAGAGGAUUCGUGUUCCUGCUCCUCUUUCAUCUGGAUCAGCUGUGAAGAAGGAUGUGAAAAUUCAGAAAACGGUGGAAAGUUUCCAUUUUUUUGUUCAAACGCUGCUAACAAAUGAAGCAGAGAGAGAACACUUCUUUAAAGAACAGUUUCCCACUGAUUAUGGCCCAAAGUUUGACCAGGAGCUGGAGAAGCUGUUGUGGGAAUUUCUGAUUCGACUAGACCAGUUGCUCCCGGUUCCCAACCUAGCCCAGACGGUGUCAUGGCUGUGUGACGCCCCUCCUGUCCUGGAGGAGUGUGCACAAGCAGCAACUCAGCCACAGCUUCUCAAGAUCUUACUUCAACAUCAGGCUUGUCUGGGUCACCUGGAGUCGGCAGCGUCUCUACCUCCAAACAUGGGCGACUCCAUCCUGGCUUCUCUCUCUCUGCCUCCAUCUGGAAAAAUCCCAUCGGAUCAGUCGGCCGCCGAGCGGACAAACUGCUCAAGGCUGGGAGCGACCACGCCGUUGGUCCCACCCGUAAUCGGACUCGUUUCUAUCGGCGACGUUCCAGCCAGUGAAAAAGCCUCGCAAGGUGGCGAGAAAUCCAAUUCGAAAGACGCAAAAGGUGAUCAACGGGAUCCAACCGCGAAAUUCACCUCAGUCAAACAGAAACCCCGACCUGCUGGUUCCUUAAAUGAAAGCAGAGGAAGGAAACGCAAGCAUCCAGACUCAGCUGAAAGUGACCCUGAGGAGGAAGUCAUAUCUGGAGAAAAAAGCAUCAACGGGAACCAGAAAAGCAAAGAAACAUCGCAAACUUUACAAAACAACGGCUACAAUAGAGAACUCCUAAAUAGACAUAUAAGUAAGCUGGGCAUCAAAAAGCUGCACCUGCCUGAAGAUCCGUCCAUUUGCUCUGUGUUUGCUUCCUGCCUGAACAGCAAUCCCAGAGUAGUUAUCAAAAAACUCUCAGUUUCUUCUGCUAGCGUUAGCUUGUCUGGAGGAGGGAAGUCCUUCUACAAGGAGCAGCAGCAGCAGAAGAAGUUCUCAACGUGGAAACAAACAAGUGUCUGUCAAACGCCCGAAAGUCCUGGCCUGGAUGACAAAGAAAAUCAGCCGGUUUUAUCCAGUGGGAGCAGCUCUUCCUCCCAGCAGAGGACUCCUGCAGAAAUCGUUUCUCUGUCAGGAGGCGACUACGUAGCAGAUUCUGAAGAUGAGGCGUCAAAGAACUUCAAAGGGAGGCUGUUCAUGAAGCGUUACUACAAGACCAAACACGGCACAUACGUUCCCACCCUGAGGGAGUUCUGGAAACCCGGGACGACCCGACCAGACCUGCUGUCCGCCGGCAGCAAACGCAGGCGAUAAGAGGGACAUUCAGUGUUUUACAGCCUGGAAACUAAAACAUUACAUAAUGUGAGGAGUUUGACUUUUAUACCAUCUUCUGCUAAAUAAAUUAAACCGUAUGAAA